AUUUUUUAUGAAUUCAUACGCCAUUUUGGCUUCGUGUUGAUGGUAAACAAAUAGACCGAAAGUUAACUUACUGACUCUCGUAUAGACUAAUAGAUCUAGAUUCUAGAUAGAUCUAGAUCUAAAGUAUAUAGAUCUACAUAGUCUAGAUCUGAUUAAAAGAAAAUGUCUCUCCAACCUCAGGAUAAAGUUAAUAUGAGCCUUGAUGAAAUUAUCAAGAUUUCAAAGUCUGAGAAAAGAAAGCAGGCUGUUCAAAUUAAAAAGGGACUAGUUUUUUCUAGGGGCCAAGGUGUCAAAAGAGGGCGAGGGAGAGGAAGAGGAGGCAAUCAAACGAAUGUGAAUUCCAAACAGUUACAGCAGAAGCCAGACAUCCCAGUGCGUGGUAGAGGAAGGGGUGGCAGAGGAAGAGGGCGCGGAGUCUUUCAGCAGCGCAAUAAAAGUAUCAAUCCAUUGGAUAGAAUUAACACAAAUAAGUUUACAGCAAACACAUUUAAAACUAGAGGGCGAGGCAGAAACACAAAUGUACAGCCUUACAAAAGAGGUCAGGCUAACACUCGGCCAAACAGUGGUUUCAGGGAUCAUCAGAGUGAGGCAGCUAAACAGGCAGCACUGCUGAGAGAAAAACAGCUGGCCUUAAAAAAUUUACAGCUGGCAAAACAGAACGUUCAAAAUGUGAAUUUGGCUUUGCAAAAAAGUUCAAGAGAUUUAGUUGUCAACCAGAAAAGAGGCCUUAAUAAUAUCACUACAUCUAACAGAGGUAGAGGAAGAGGCAGAUUGCUAACACAACCUAUUCGUCAGCUGAACAAUACCUCAGUCACAGUUAUCAAUCCUUCCGCACUGACAGCUAAUGCUUCAAUCAGAGGGAGAAGAAAAAGAUGGAGAGGAAGCUUGAAUAAGCAAAGAUCAGAGCAUUUCACUAUUCAAGUCGCUAAUGAAAACUUGCAGCAAGUUAAACAGGAACAGGAGUCUAUAGUGGAUCAGUUGAAGUUAUUAAAACCAACUGUUCCAACUGCUUAUAAAUUCCAAAAAAAUAUGUUCGCAACACCAGCGACUGGCCUAAGCUUAAAUGAAAGAUUUUCAAGUACAGCUAUAGCAGAGAGUGGAGAUGCUUUCAGUCCAGAAGGAAGAAAAGUGUUUUUGUAGCACAUCUUUUAGCUGCAUCAUGUCUCUCUGGUGAAGAUUAGUUAAUAUUCCAAUGGUUGUUAAAAAUGUUGAUGCAUGGAACUCUCUUGUUUCUAAAUGUGAUGGAGGUCCUUUUAACGUAAAAUUGAUUAUCUUGUUUCUUCAAGAGAUCCGUUAUAUCAUUUUUUUAUUUUUGCAAAAUGCUAAUAAUUAGGUAUAAAUGUUGAAGCAAGUGUGAUUUUAGCUAAAUACUUGUUAAUUAGAGUUAUUGUAGCCACUAGAACUAUCAAUACUUAGACCUUGUUGAUCUAACAGAUGGUAUGAUGAGGAUCUUUCAGCCAAAUUUAUUUGUUAAAAUUUUUUUUUCUAGUAAGAUAGUGAUUAUUGACUUGGAUUAGAAAUUACAAUUUUGAUUUAAAUAUUUUAGAGCUGGUAAUAUCAAAAGUACUUUUCACUCUUAAAUGAUUUAGGCUCAGGUUUGUUGUAUUAGGUUUAGGAAAGGGGCAUUUUUAUCAGUUUUAGACUUCGGCAUAUGACAUUUUAAAGCAAUAUUUAUUAGUGUUAGGAAUUGAGGGUAAAAUCAGAGAAGUGUUAAUAAUUUGGAACAAAUUUAGUAUGGAUUAGUCAAUGGUUGCUUAAACAAAUACAAAUAAUUAAAAAAAUAUAUAAUUCACCUGAUAGCUCCAACAACUACAACAUUGGAUUGACUUUUACAUUUUUAAUAUCACUUAUUUGGCAACUUUUGUGUGUGUAGUUCUGUUUCUAAGUGUAUUUUUUUGUGUGUGUGUGCAUAUCAUAGUGACAAGUUGUAAAGUGAGAUAAGUUCUUUAGUGUGACACAUUGGUCCAAGGGUACGCUAGGCUCCUUUAGAGAUCACUUGUGUCUGAUGGGUUAGUCCUGCUUUUACAGGUACACUAUAAAUAAUCUUAACAUUUAUUUCUACAACUCCAAAAACCUUUUCAUUUGUUGUGAAAGGCUUAUUACAUGUUGGCUGAUUGGGUUGUGUAGAUUGUUUUACAUGUUUUCUUUGUUCCGUUUGGUUCACUGUAAAAUAGUGCCCCCUUAUCUUUUUUUAAAAUAAUAAAAAUAACAUAAUUAAUAUAAAAUUGUUAACCUUCGCAUUAUUAAUUCUGAUUUAUAUUAAAUCAGUCGUAUCCAUCUUUGUAGCAUCCAUUAUAAUUAACAAUCAUUUUGUAAUUUGGGCUCUUCUGCACAAGACACAGUUAUUUUGAAAUAAGGCAUACAAUCUUGUAUGUGAACAAUAUUUUUGUAACAUUAGGAAGCUGUUUUCCAGUAUUAAACAUGCUCUGAUCAGAAAAGAAGUGCUCUAGCAUGAAUCUAGAGCUUGACUACAUCUAGACACACAAAUCAAGUGUCUUCAAUGUUGUUGUUUUUUCUGCCAGUAUAUAAGUGUAAGAAGUGUUGAAAGUAGAUAGAUGUAACUUGAAACUAUAAAUUAAUAACAGUUUUUUUUAAGGGUAUUCUAUUUUUUUUUUUUCUAGUAUAAAAAGUAUUAAAAGUAGAUUGAUGUAACUUACAACUAUAAAAUAAUAACACAGUUUGGUUUGGCUAAUUGUUCUUGCAACUAUUUGUGUAACAUUUACCUCAAACUAGUUCAAUGAUUUUCUUGAGAUAAUUAGAUAUAAAUGUUUUUUUUAAUGCUGGUAAUUGGUGCUUUAUUACAAACUAGUUAUUUCCCCCCAAAUCCCUUGAUGUAAAUAGUGUAAUUCUAAGAAUUGAUGUGUAUGUUUCUUUACAAUUAAGAAAUAUACAUUUAAGGUUGUUUUAAAUCAUAAUUGGUAAUAAAAGUAGCCUCGCUGUUUUUAGCUCUUUUGUCCCCUGACAGUUCAGUUCAAUUUGAAAACAUGUUCACAUUCCAUGGUAUUUUAAUCAACUAACAAAAUAAUGGUACAUUAAUAAAAUGAUUUCGAAUAUUCUAUUAACAGUAUCAGAAUUUAUUUUUCUGACCAUUAAGGUUUUUAUAAAGUGAUUAAAAAUGUGCACAACACUGUUUCAUCUAUCUUUACUUCAGACAUUAAUCUUCUGUGCUUGAAUGUGAACCUGCAGUGACAAUGCAAUGUUUGAAAUAAAUAUCAAUAUGAACAACCA